UCAAGUAAACUGAAAUGUGUUAGAUUCAAUUGGAAAAUAUGUCAUGUGACACAUUGAGAAAGCGUAGCAUGUGACGGUCAUUAACCCAGGUUAUAAAUAGCAUAGGUAUACUCUCAGCCCACUGAGGUAGUUGUUAAAGAGAUUGUAGUCAUUCUUGACUGAUGAAUUUCUUUCUUUCUUUCUUUUAGAAAACUGGUGAGUUUGCAGGACUGAAUGUUUUUUCCAGUCACUGUGUGAGCACGUGUGUCUCACCUAUGGGAACAGAUUUUGCCACUGCGUAUUUCUUUGUGGACAAUGACCAUCAAACAUUUCUCAAUUGAAUACGAUGCCAUCAACAGCGAAAACACCUUCACACACGGAGAUACUAUUAAUGGAAGAAUCAUCUUGGAGGCUUCUAAGGAAACUAAAAUCCAAUCGCUUAUAUUUUUAGCACAAGGAAGAGCUGAGGUUCGCUGGGAUGAACAUUACGAUCAAAAUCAUUAUGUGUACUGGUCUGAUGAGCAAUAUUAUGAUGUCAAACAUCAUAUCUUGAGAGAGGCAAGACGCAAUGGCACUGAAGUCAUUGGUAAAGGAAGACAUGCAUUUCCUUUUUCCUUCAAGAUUCCUGACAGAAAAAUCCCAUCAUCCUUCAAAUCCUCCAUAGGUAAAAUUGUUCAUAAGGUGAAGGCAGAGCUAAAACAAGCAAUGAAGAUAACAAAAAAGGCCAAAGCCCACUUCACAUUUGUGUCCAAAGCAGACAUGGAUAUUCCCGGACUUCUGGAAGCGCAGUAUGGUUGCAAGGAUAAAUCUGUCAGAUUUUUUGGCUCUGGAACCAUUUCAAUGGAUGUUCACACCAAGCGGAUGGGAUACAAGCAAGGUGAGGCUCUCAAAGUCACAGCUGAAAUCAGUAACCAUUCAACUCGUUCAGUGAAGCCUAAAUUCAUUCUGUACGAGAAGAGGAGUUUCUUCGCCCAGGGUCACAGGAGAGUUCACACAAAAAAGAUCCUUAAGGAAAAGGUUGAGGCUGUUGCAUCAUCUAGCAAAGAGACUGUGACCAGGGUGAUCCCCAUCCCCAGGGAACUACCUCCCUCCAUAUUAAACUGCUCCAUCAUCAAGCUGGAGUACAGGCUGAAGAUCCAUCUGGAUAUCAAAUGUGCUUCAGACCCAGAGAUCAAACUCCCUAUAGUCGUCCUACCUGCCUUUGAGGCUCCUGCUAUGAAACCGCUACCACCUUCUGCUGCUGUUGUCUUUGAAGAAUUUGGGAACCCGAGCCAAACACCCUGGAGCACAGCACCACAACAACAAGCAGCACACCAAUCUGUGGAUGACCCACCUCCCUAUGCAGCAUUUGCAUUGUACCCCUCCAUUACUGAUUCUAAGAGGACUGCACUGUAAUUACCUGCCAUAAAUGAGUAUGCCACCAGUUUAGCAUUGCACUCCUAUAACAUUGUCAGGCUCAUGAUCGACGGUUAAAAAGAAGUUUAAAAAUCCACGCAGAAAAACCA